CAACGACAAUGAUUAUGAUUGGAUGUUCAUUACUUACCAGUUUAUAUUUUCAUAAUAUUAUCGGUAAAAUCAUAGCUUAAAAAAUUACCUAACUACUAGUUAACAAUUUAAAAUAAUCCGUAUCAUACUAAUUUACAGUGUUUGUACCCAUAGUAGUUUGGGUUAAUUUAUACUUCUAUUCUAUUAAAACAUGGAAAUAUAAAACAUCGAAUAAUGAAUUUAAGUAAUAAAGGUAUAUCCAAAUUGAAAUUGUAAUCAAGAUAUGUGUUACGUAAUCGAUGUUCUUGGUACAAUAAUUUCAUGAAACACGGUUCUUAUUAUUUUAAUCGUGGUUUUUGUAUAAAUUUAUUAAAUUUGUCUUGUAUCCGGUUAAGAACAUUUUACUGUAUAAAAUGGACGAAAUUGAUGCAAUAAUAUUUUGUACUCUAAAAGAGAUUGGUUGUGAAUUUUCAGAAAAUGAAACUGCCUUUACAAAUAUAACUCAAGAAAAUUUAAUAAAAUCUAUAAUAAUGUGCUUACAAAAAAUUCAACCAACAAUAAACUUAUCUUUUACAAUUCCUCGAUCUAUGUCUGCUAGAUAUCAAUAUGGUAUCACUGUUGCAGAUGCUUGUAAGAAAGUUGGUUACAAGUCUGACAUAGGAUAUCAAACAAUUUUAUAUGGAAAUAUUAAAGAUAUGAGAAGAAUAUUAAUGUUUUUAAUUGAAAAAUUACCUAAAGAAGUUGAAAAUAUCAUAGAAUAUAAAAGUAAACGAUGUACAAUAUUAAAGAAACUUAAAAAAAGUUUAUCAUCCGAUAGAAAACAAUUGAACUCUUCAUUAUUUUCAAACUUUUCAUAUGUCUCUGUAUUUUUAGAAACAGGAAUAACUCUACCAGGACAUAAAAGAAACUGUACACCUGCUGAAUGGAGAAAUUUCUGUAUUAAUAGCUUAAAAUAUAUUACUGAACAACCAUCGGAUUUGAAAUAUUUAAUUCCUUCAUUAAUUACACUUAAUACUAAAAGAUUGCUGAAUAUUUAUGAGUAUGAACUUAAAACAACAGAUGAUUUAUCAAAGUCUAGAGUAAUCCAAGGUGAAAUAGAAAAAAUCAAUUUAAAACAAACAAGUUAUUUUAAUCCUGUAAUUAAAAAUCCAUCUAAAGAUCAAGUUGAAAAUAUAUCAAAAGAAUCUGAAGCCACGUAUAUUAAAGAGCUAGUUUCAAAGAAUAACGAACUAAAAAGUUUAUCUUUAAAACAACAUUCUACAAACAUGAAUCUUAAGUUAAAAUUAGAAAAACUAGAAAAAGAAAUUGCAGUUCAAGAAAAAAGUUUAAAUAUCAUUGAUAAUUCUGAGGUUGUUGUUAAAUUAAAAAAUAAAGUUGAUGCAGCACCAGAUAAAAUAAAAAGAAUGAACAAUAAAUGGAGUAAAUAUGAAAAUGAACAGAAAUUAAUUUUAGCAGAGCUAAAUGAAAGACUAAAUAAUAAACGAGCCAAAAAUAUCAAACUAGAAGUGGUGUAUGGAAAUGAAAAAUUGAAGUUACAAAAUAUUUUUGAAGAUAUACAAAAAAAAGAAGAUAUUAUAAAAAUAUGUAGGAAUGAUUUAGAUUCAAAGCCAAAUUAUAAUUCAAGGUCAAGUUAUACACAAAGAAUAUUAGAAAUUAUAUCUAAUAUCGAAAAACAGAAAAAAGAAAUAAAUAAAAAUUUGAAUGAUACCAGACAAGUUCAAAAAGAAAUAAAUUCUUUAGAUGGUAAAGUAGAGCGAUGUUUUAUUUCAAUUGAUGAAUUGAUGUUUAAGGUUGCAAAAAAAGAUGAUACAAUCCGUAAGUGUUAUAAACUAUUAGCUGCUAUCCAUUCUAAUAGUUCUAGCAUUAUAACAUCUGUAAAACAGACCGGUACUAUUGGAAGAGAAAUUAAAGAUUUAGAAGAACAGAUUGAAAACGAAAAUCCUCAUCAAGCCACAGCUAAUAUACAAAAACUUAGAAAAGAUUUGGAACUUGUUAAAAAUGAACAACUACUAUUAUUAAAAAAAAUUAAAAACUAAAACAAUUAACUUUCUAUAAUGAAUUCUGUUCAAUUCCUUAGCAUUCUUUAUAUUUUGUAGCUAAUGUCAGAAUUGAGAACUCAUAAUUGACAAAUAGUUAACUUAAUAAAUAUUGUUAUUUGUAAUUUUUAUAUAUUAGUAAUAUUUAAGAUAUCUUUUGUAAUACAAUUUAAUUUGUUUUAUUGAGGAAAUAAUAUUUUACGAAUUUAAAAAAUAAUCAAAAUUGAUUUUUAAUUAUAUUGUAUCUUAUUUAUAUUUAAGUUGAAUUGUUAUACCUUAUUCUAAAAUAAAAAUAUUUUUUUCUCAUUUACUAAAAAAAUAUAUUUUUACUCAAAAAUUAUUAUUAUAAAAAAUUGUGUUUGAAUUAUUAAAAUUGUUCUUAUAAAUUA